AUGUCGGCUAGCUUUGCUUUGGCUGUGAUUGGGGCUCUGUUGAAGCUCUGGAUUUUGACUUCAUCUUCUUUCUCUGCGUGCCUUGCCAUCUGCUUUAUGCUUCUCUGCUGGUUCCGGCAGAGAUUGAACCCGGUGAUUUCAUCUGUUUCGAUGAGUUUGAGACCAAAAAGGACUUGUUCUGGAUUACAAUACUUUGGGGCUUUUCAUAUAAAACGAUUUUCUUUCCUCUUCUUAUUCCUGAGAGGGGAUCUAACUUAA